CAAUCUUUUCAAUUCCAAUACCUUAAAAUUAUAAGUAAAUCACCCUCAUGCAAGAGAUACAUAACAAUCCGUUCAGUCGAGCUAGUACCCAAGGAAGGUUCGUUGGUUAAUAAUUGACGCGCUUAACAGUAACACAUGACGGUAUACUAGCUGCAUGGUGGCCGGAAUGAGUUAGUAGCGCAUGUUUGGUUGGUUAGAAAAUGUCCGAAUGAAAAAUAUAAUUCAGUCUUGGAAAUCAAUACAUUAGGUAUUAACUAGAGGGAAAGUACUGCAGGCUGAGGCAAUAAGCCUCCCGAUCUGUAGUAAUUAUCUUUCGGUGCUAGCUAGUUCUCUGUUUAUCCUUAUAAAGUUGACGCGCUUUCUGUCUAACUAGGGGCUUGGUACUCCCACUUUUCCUUGGGAGGUUUCUCCCCAAUAUUAUUGCUAUGGCACAAAAUAGAAGGUCUAGAAACAAAACAAACGUCGGAAGUUUCGCAGUAUUUCUAGGUUCAAUUAAUAACUGAUCAUGUUAAGAGAUCCAGUCAAAAAGCCAGUACUGAUGUUUCCUUUCAUUUUCCACUCUUUGAUGCAUUAAUAUUAUUUUUUAUGGUGCAAAAAGCAAUCCGCUCGUAUGGCCGGGUCCAUAUAUAAGUGCUCCAUGUAUGGUUUAAUCUUUAUUUGUGGUUCACCUGAGGAGGGACGGGUCGAAUCUUGUUGCACGAUAAGAAUUGCAUGAUAUGAACAUAUAUGGACAGAGUGGCCGUUCGAUCUCUCUUUUGAGAUUAUUCUGAUUGGCUUUUUUAUGAACUUUAUGUUGAUUCUUAUCGUAAACGCUAGCUAUCUGGAACCUGUGGAACUGAGGGAGGUUCAUGCUUGCAAUCCCAAGUCUUCGUCGCUAACAUCUCUCUAACAGUACCUUUAAUUUGUUAAUUAAUGCAUACAAAUUACAAAAAGGUGUACUUAAUUUCAAACAACUUUAUGAUGAUCUUUGAACGUACGUCCACCCAAAUUCCGUGCUGACUGUGCCAUACUGAGGAAGGUUCAACUAAUUUGAUAAGAAACGUCGUCUGAUCAGAGAAGUACUCAUGAAGCUAACGAACCGAGGGAGGUUUCAACUAUCACCGAGUUAUAGAUUUAUUAGUUUAAAUUCAUUCUCUUAACUUCCUCGUCGAGUGUGCCUUUGUGCCAUAGGCCUAGGGAUGGUACUUGUUCUUAGGCCGUGACACUUGGGCUUUCCGACAUCUGUAGCUAACGGGAGCUUCGUUCAAUGCAUGUUGCUUGAUGGCCGUACUUAAGUGUUCAUUUUCGUUUCAAAUUCUUUAGGCACUCAUCAACCACUGCAUAUGAUUAUAUAGCCUGCUGGCAUCUUAUAUUCUCAAAUACUGAAGCAACUGCAUCAGAAACACACUUCCAACUAGCUUGGAUUUAGAAAUUUAACAUUGGCUUGGCACUCAAUAUCAUGGCUGAGCAGGACAUUUGUUUACGUUCAGCUGAGAGAACGUACUGGAAGAGGAUACCAAUCUUUGUUUUCUUUAGAGAUGCAAGACUGGUUUUCAAGUUGGAUACUCUUGGUUGGGAGAUAUUGGGCAUAGCAUUACCUGCUGCCCUCGCCGUGGCUGCUGAUCCCAUUGCUUCUCUGAUCGACACUGCAUUUAUUGGUCAUAUAGGACCAGUGGAACUCGCAGCUGCAGGAGUCUCUAUUGCCUUGUUUAAUCAAGCUUCGAGGAUUACCAUAUUCCCACUGGUCAGCAUUACAACUUCUUUUGUUGCUGAGGAGGAUACUGUUGCAAGAAUCGGCGUCAAAGAAGCAGAUAAGGGCUCUGGUGAGCACGGUGAAACAAAGGAGUGCACACCCGAAGUUGACAAUAUGCUCGAGGAUAUGGAAAAAGGUGAAGCUGAAAAAAAGGGACAUCGUCAGAACUUGGAAAAGAGUUCAGUGGAAAACAGUGAAAUGAAAGAGUUUAUGCCGGAGGAUCUUAAGCUCGACUUGGAAAAAGGUUCAACCAAACAAAAUGUCGACAAAGCGGAAAGCAGUACUUCAGCCCAAGAGAGUCCAAACAAAGAAUUAAUGCAGCCAAGUUCUACGCUUGCGGAUCAUCGUGUGGACAAAGCUGCAGCAACAAAAUCAGAAAAUGAUUUCGACACAACUGUGGACAGCAAAUCUGAUAUUGGCUUCAGCAGCAAAAAGAAGACUAAAACCAAAACGGAGAAGAGACAUAUUGCUUCAGCAUCUACAGCACUACUUUUUGGUGCAGUUCUUGGCGUCUUUCAAGCUGUAGUGCUUGUUUUUGGGGCCAAACCUCUCUUGCAUGUGAUGGGUUUGAAAUCUAGUUCACCUAUGCUUGCCCCAGCCCUGAAAUACUUGAAAUUAAGAUCACUCGGUGCUCCUGCAGUUCUUCUAUCGUUGGCCAUGCAAGGGAUCUUUAGAGGGUUUAAGGAUACAAAAACUCCUCUAUAUGUCAUUGUUGUGGGAUAUACAACAAACAUCAUUUUGGACCCGAUACUUAUCUUUGUCUUGCGUAUGGGCAUCAGCGGUGCAGCAAUUGCGCAUGUUCUUUCCCAGUAUUUGAUUUUGUCAAUCCUCCUGUGCAUGUUAAUGAGAAAAGUUUAUCUCUUACCCCCAAGUCUUAAGCAAUUGCAGUUGGGUAAAUUUCUAAAAAAUGGUGGUCUGCUAUUAGCAAGAGUUGUAGCUGUGACAUUCUGUGUGACGUUGGCAGCCUCAUUGGCAGCACGGUUGGGUCCAAUGCCUAUGGCUGCCUUCCAGACUUGUUUGCAGGUCUGGUUGACAUCAUCCCUUCUCUCAGAUGGCUUGGCUGUUGCUGGACAGGCAAUUCUAGCCUGUGCAUUUGCUGAGAAAGACUACAAGAAAGCAACCGCUACUGCAAACAGAGUAUUACAGAUGAGUUUUAUUCUAGGGGUGGGGCUUGCUCUUGUUGUCGGAAUUGGUCUGUACUUUGGAGCAGGGAUCUUCUCCAGAGAUGUUAAUGUUCUACACCUUAUAAAAAUAGGACUCCCUUUUGUUGCUGCUACACAACCUCUCAACUCAUUAGCUUUUGUCUUUGAUGGAGUGAACUUUGGAGCGUCUGAUUUUGCCUAUUCUGCGUACUCUCUGGUUCUUGUGGCCGCAGCAAGCAUUACAACCUUGUUCACUCUUUACAAAAGUAGCGGAUUUCUAGGAAUCUGGAUUGCUCUAACCAUCUACAUGUUUCUGCGCACAUUUGUUGGUAUUUGGAGGAUGGGCACUGGUACAGGACCUUGGGGCUUUCUCAGGAGUCGAUCGUUCUGGUCCUAGGCUCUAGCCAGGCAUUCCAACGACCCCCAUGGAUGCCUAUACUCAACCAACAUCUUUACGUUGCUCUCUCUCUUUCUUUUAUUCUUCUCAUGCUAUGUAAUUGGUACUCAGACCCUAAUAUUUCUUUGCAUUUUUCCUUAAUUAUUUGUAUCAGUGUAGGACCUAUAUAUUAUUAAUAUAUGUUCUUGUUACAACGUUA